AUGUCGAAUGCUACUGAUUUUGCAGAUACACGUAUCAAUAUGGAUUGUCCUAAGAAGUCGUUCUUGUUGAUGAUCUCGUGCAUGGCACUCCUGCUCAACAACAACAACAACGAAGGCUUUGUAGACGCAGCGACAAACCUUGGCUUGAACUACGGUCUCCUCGGAGACAACCUCCCACCUCCGAAUGAAGUUAUCAACCUUUACAAAUCCAUAGGCAUCACAAACAUUCGGAUCUUCGACACGAACACGGACGUCCUCAACGCCUUGCGCGGAAACCGAGACAUUGGAGUCAUCGUAGGCGUUCAGAACCAAGACUUGGAGGCUCUUGCGGUCAGCGAAGAAGCUGUUAACACAUGGUUCGUGACUAACAUCGAACCUUACUUAGCUGACGUCAACAUUACGUUCAUUUCCGUUGGAAACGAAGUCAUCCCCUGGGAAAUCGGCUCUCACGUGCUAUCCGUCAUGCAAUCUCUCACCGACCUGGUCAAGACGAGGAGUCUCCCGAUCUUGAUCAGCACCACGGUGGCUAUGUACAACCUCGGCGCGUCAUAUCCACCAUCUGCCGGAGAAUUCACGACCCAAGCGCGUGAACAGCUCGUUCCCGUGCUGAAGUACUUGUCUCAAACGAGCACGCCUAUUCUCGUCACCAUAUAUCCUUACUUCGCAUACGCGUCUGAUCCUGCCAACAUUCUUCUUGACUAUGCCAUAUUCAACACCGAUGCGGUUGUGGUACAAGACGGGCCAUUAGGUUACUCAAACAUGUUCGAUGUGAUGUUUGAUGCCUUCUUGUGGGCAAUGGAGAGAGAGGGAGUGAAAGAUUUGCCCAUGGUGGUAGCGGAGACCGGAUGGCCUUCCGCCGGUAAAGGAAACGGAACAACGCCGGAGAUCGCGGCUAUGCACAACGGAAAUUUUGUGAAACAUGUUGUAAGCGGUAAAGGAACGCCAAAGAGACCAAACAGUAGCAUUACUGGGUUUCUGUUUGCGACGUUCAAUGAGAAUCUGAAGUCAGCUGGAACCGAACAGAACUAUGGGUUAUACGAUCCUACCAAUAUGAAGCCCAUCUACAAGUUGUUUUGA